AGAAAAAAAAAAAGAAAAAAUGCAAAAUAAACCACAUUACAUCAAGAAAGAGAGUGUUGUUGCUGCUGCAGUUGCUAAGCAACUGUAUGGAAAUUAUACCUAGAUAUUCAUCGUAGGGAAGAAUCAUUUGAUUUAACUGAUCCUUACAUUGUUGGCAACUUAGAUACAAACUCUGGAAUUAAGGUUCUUCGUAAUAAUUUCUUUGAAAAUGUCAACCAGAGUAAUUCUAAAGAAAAAUCUAUAAAACAAGAAAUUGUUUUAAUGGAAAAUUUUCCUAAAUUAAAUGAACGCGAGCAAAAGUUAAGAUUGCACAUAGAGCAACAAAUGGCACAAUGUACAAAUAUGCAUGUGGUUUCACCAUAUAUUUCUGCUGGGCUUCCACAAAAAAAAUCUUUACAGAAACUUGAGAUAAGGAAACUGCACAGGAGGAGAGCAAUGUCAGCUAGAAGAGUUGCUAGACGGCAUGCUGUUGUUCGCAAUACUCCCCCACAGAGAAUAACCAGUGCUGAGCGUGAGCGAAUUGUUAAUCUAACAACACGGUUGCUUGUUGCAACAGAGAGCAUAGCUCUUCCUCAAAAUCGAAACCAAUCUCAAGAAAGUCAAACCAGUAAAGUAAGUAAAGAGUUUAUUCAUGUUCUUCCAGCAGUGAAAAAAAUUCAAGAAAUGCGUCCUAAAACAGCUUAUUCUGAUUCUGAAAGACAUUAUUUUUCAUCAGAACAGAGUUCAAAUCGCACACGUUCAGCAGAAAAUUGUUCUAAUUACAGUGAUAGAGUAAGUGCAAGGAAUAAUUUGUUUGGUAUAAAGAGAUUUAAUGACAGUUUUGCUGUGUCAAAAAACGAAUCUCUAAAGUUUGGAAGGCCAAAAAGUUCCUAUUCUCGUCCUACCAAAUACUGUCAACCUUUGAAGUACUCAGAUGAAGAUUUUUCCGAUCAAAUAACCAGUUCUACAAAUUCAUUGACAGAUUGGUCACUCUUGUCACAGGGAAGAUCAAAAAGCGAUAUUGCCACUCAAACUAUAAAAAAUAGAGGAACACAAACUUCAAAGUUUGCUGAAGUCCAUAUUGAAAAUUCUCAUCUAGAAAGCAAAUCAUCACGGUUUUUUCAUCCUGCUCAUAGUUUUCGUAAAGAAAACUUUAGUAUGAACGCUCAAACUGCAUUAACACAAGAUAAGCAUAAAGAAAAAAAUGCUCCUAAAGUCUUGACCUAUGAUGUUUACAUUGUAACUGGAGACAAGCUUGGUGCUGGAACAACGGCUAAUGUCAAAAUAAAUAUAUCAGGGGAGUUUGGGGAUACUGGUGACAGGUUACUUAUUAAAUCAAAGACUGGAAUAACUCCUUUUCAAAGAAAACAAGUUGACUUGUUUCAUUUGGAUAGUAAAUUCCUUGGUGAUCUUGAAAGCAUACGGAUAGGUCAUGACAGUACUUCAUUAGCUGAUGGAUGGUUUCUUGAGAAGGUUAUAAUACAAGCUGAGUCAAAAGCAGCCUUUGCAUUUAGUUUUCAAUGUGGCAGAUGGUUUUCAGCAAAAGAAGAUGAUGGACAGAUUGUAAGAGAUAUAGUAUUAACAAGUAAAAUUCCUUUAUCAGAAAUUCCUGAAGUAAGUUGCCAAACAAAAAGAAAAUCUUUUAGUAGAAAGGUAUCAUCAAGUGAUGAAAGCAAUGAAACAGUACAAAAAUCUUUUAAUACAAAUAAUUCACAUGGCAGUCAAAAACAAAUUCUAAAAUCACCAGUGAAUUCUAUUUUAAAUAAACCGCAGAUGGCAGUACCAAAAAAAGAGACUUCAAAUAAAAGUGUAGCUUUGAGUCAAAUUUCUAGAAAUAGUGCAGAUCAUUCAAAAUCAUCAUCUUCUGAUAGCGAUUCUGUAUUAGAAAAUCAGAAACUUGAGAAACUAAAGCGACGAGUUAAGCGUUUUAGUAGAAAUAGUAGAGAAGAAAAGUUAGUCACUGCAUCUCCUGUAUCCAAUUUUUCUGGGUCUAUAAAUUCUUUAAAUUCUGCCAAAAAAAUUAGUUCUAAUUUGCUUGCAACAUCUUUAAAAAACUCAAGCGCAAAACCAGCUCAAAUAACAGAUACCUCAAAAGUACGAAAAAAUACUCCUAUUGCAACGUUAUCUCUUCAAAAUCCACCUUUGUUAAAUACAGCAAAAUUAGUUAAUACCCCAAAAGACAUUGAUACAAACAACAAUAUAUUAAACAGUAUUACAAAUGAAAAUCAUGAUGUAAAUUACAAUGACCUAUCUACUAAUGCAACAAAGAAAACAUCAAUCAAUGAAGAUCUUUCAAGCAAUAGUACUUCAAGUAUAACCACCAGUUCAUCAGACAGUGAGAGUGAUAAAGAUCAACCCAUUCUGCUUCCAAGAAAAAAGAGUCACGAAAGUGAUGAAAAAGUUGAAUUUUCUCAUAAAGACACUUUAAAACUGCAACUUGAGCAAAAAGAUGAUGGAUAUAUGGCUGGGUUUACUGCUGGGCUUAAAGCAAAUAAAAUUAAAGAAGAAGAAGCUGAAAAAUUAAUGAUUGAAAAAGAGCAGUUUGAGAAGCAGUUACAAAGGGGUUCAACUGUACAUCAGGCAUGUGAAGUUGGUGAUAUAGAUCGUGUUAAAGAACUUAUAUCUAUCUUGCCUGAACUAAAAACAAAAGUUGACGAAAGAGGUUGGGCUCCAAUUCAUAUUAGUUCCGCAUUCGGACAUUUAGAUCUCGUUAAAUGGUUUUCUGUGAGUGGUGUAGAUUUGAUGCAGGAAACACCAACAGGUUAUACAUCAAUACAUCUUGCAGCUUUAAAUGGUCAUGUAAAUUGUAUAAUGAUUUUAUCAGCGAUGGGAUGUCCAAUUAGUUGUCAAACUGUGGAUGGUCAUACUCCAUUGCAUCUUGCAUCAAUGAGUGGACAUAUUGAAUGUGUGAAAUGGUUGCUAUCUAAUCGUGCCAAGAUUGAUGUUAAAGAUUCUGAUGACCGAACUCCAUAUGACUUAGCAGUUGAGUACCAACAUGAUGAGUGCAUACAACUUUUAAGCAUAAUGAAUAAGGAACUGAAAAGAAAAGAUAGCGUGCUUUCAAUGUUGAGAGAUCCAACUUCAUUAAGAAAAAUGAGCAUUAAUUGCUACGAAAGUGCAGGAUCAAUUCAACAUACAAAGGGUGCAGAUAGUGGAGUUGGUGGCGAAAGCAAUGAAGAAUGGUUAAGUGAUUCUGAGGAUACAAAUGAUGUUAAAGGAAGAGGAGGAGAUGAUCGCUCAGAACAAGUUAGGAAAACAUCAAAUACUGUAGGAAGAAAGUUAUCAGUUGGUCAAAAAGGACCUGUAGCACGUAAAACUGGUUUAGUCAAUACUAGAAAACUUUCAAAGCAAGAAGAAAGACAAAUGGAACAAUUGCAGGAAAAGAAAAAGAUAUAUGAAGAGCAAAAAACCAAGAUACUUAGAAAGAAUUCUUCGUUUUUAGAUAGUAUACGUCAAGAAAUAGAUGGUAAAGAAGAUGACCAAUACGAUUUCUGAAUCACCUAUGUUUUUAAUAAUCACAUGACAAAAAUGUUUAUCCUAUAUAAAAAACUUUAUACAAUAAAAAAAUUUAUUAUAAAUUUAAUUACAAAAACAUAAAAACAAAAAAAAAGGGGAUAAAGGCACUAAAUUUAUAAAUAUUUCCUUAUUUAAACAGCGUUUCAGGAAUUUUACUUU